UGUAGAACAUAUGAGCGCAGAAACAUUACAAAAGUAUCCUUCCAUCUCGCCUUUCUUUUAUCUCAAUCCACAAAUGACGAAUUGACCGGAAAUGGAACGGCCUCAAAUGGGGCGGCCGUCAACGGCAAUGACUCUGUUCGGCCAUCCCAACAACAUUCCUGUUCCAAUAGAUCUCCGAUGAGAUUGUGCCUUUGAUUCUGUCUCGUGGCAAGAUCUACCGGCCCGCAAGCCCCCGAAUCCCCUCCACACCUCUUGAUUUCGCACGGGUACCCGAUAAGAGAGAUCCCGGUUCACAAAUAUACUCGUGUGGAUUUCAUGGAUCCACCUCACACUUGGGGUGAAGAGUCUUCGAAUACUCACAAAGAAAGCCCCCUCCAACUCCCAGUUCCGUGGGAAGUUUUAGCGCACACAUCCCGCUAUAUUAAUCGGACAAGUUUGAGUCACUCCCAGGGGAAAUCUUCUCGCUGCCGAAGGUGGGAUCUUUUUGUGUCCGAAUUAGAAGGAAAAGAGCGUUCUUUAGGCUUUGUUUGGGCUUAACCCGGAGGAUGUUGUCGCUGACGUGCCCGAGCGUGGAUCUUUGCCAAAGCGGCUGUCUGGGCCGGCGGCGGCUGAGGCCGCUGCAGAUGUCCGGCUCGAGGCGCAGAGGUGGUGUUCGGUGCAUGGUCUCAACGACGCGACAUGAUGUUCCGAGCGCAGGAGAGGUCAGGAGUGUGACCGCUGAAUCCAGAAGUGAACGCGUCCAAGUUUCUUCGUUGCUCGAAGUGGUUUCUGGCGACAUGAAGAUGCUAAAUGAGAACCUAAAGUCGAUCAUUGGUGCAGAAAAUCCAGUUCUAAUAUCUGCAGCAGAACAAAUAUUUGGUGCUGGUGGAAAGAGGCUGCGGCCAGCUCUUGUCUUCCUAGUGUCAAGGGCCACUGCUCAAAUAGAUGGCAUAAGGGAACUGACUAUGCAACACCGACGUCUAGCAGAGAUAAUAGAGAUGAUCCAUACAGCAAGUUUAAUACAUGAUGAUGUGCUCGACGACAGCGGGAUGCGAAGAGGGAAAGAAACCAUUCAUCAAACUUAUGGGACGCGAGUGGCUGUACUAGCAGGAGACUUCAUGUUUGCACAAUCUUCUUGGUACCUUGCGAAUCUUGAAAAUAUUGAAGUCAUAAAGCUCAUAAGUCAAGUUAUCAAGGAUUUUGCUAGUGGUGAAAUAAAGCAAGCGUCAAGCCUUUUUGAUUGUGACCUUACUCUUGAAGAUUAUUUGCUUAAGAGCUACUACAAGACUGCAUCUUUAAUUGCAUCAAGCGCAAAGUCUGCUGCUAUAUUCAGCAGUGUCAGCACUAGUAUAUGCGAACAAAUGUUUGAAUAUGGAAAGAACCUCGGUCUCUCCUUCCAGGUAGUCGAUGACAUUUUGGACUUCACCCAGUCAACAGAACAGCUGGGGAAGCCUGCGGGCAGUGACCUGGCAAAAGGGAAUCUGACUGCCCCAGUUAUAUUUGCUCUAGAAAAGGAGCCAAAACUCAGAGAAAUUAUCGACUCCGAGUUCAGUGAAGCUGGUUCCUUAGACACCGCAAUAGAAUUGAUUCUUGAAUGUGGUGGGCUCAGUAGGGCUCAAGAACUAGCAAAACAGAAAGCCGAUUUGGCUAUCCAAAAGCUCCAGUGCCUUCCUGAGAGCGAGUAUAGAAACUCGCUCGAAGGAAUUGUGAAAUAUAAUCUUGAACGGAUCGACUAGGAACCUUGUAUCAUUCGAUCAAAGUUGAGCCUCAGCAACACCAAAGAACGGCUGCCACAACGGAUGGAAGUGUAAGUGUUUGCAAGUGUACACUUGCUAUAGCCCUGCAUUCAUGCCUUGUUUCGCAGGAGAACAAAAUGAAUUAUAAGUUCUGGCAUGUAUGUGGUGGUACAUUUGAAGCAAAUCUACUAUUCGAGGAAGGUACAAUUUGUUUGUUUGCGGUUCUUCCCAGAAACACACAUGUAAAGCUACUCAAGUAUUGUCUCACUGCUGAUGGGCUGUAUUUAUGGGAUAAGUUAAAAGAUACAUUAGGUUGAUCAAAGUUCAGUUUAAUACCACUGACAUGCUACAUUUCUGAAGUGUUUGAAUCUCUGUGUAUAAUUUUAUUUGUCGAUUUAAUAAUUAUGUUUGCUCACCAAA